AUGUCCAGUACCUCCCCAUUCGUAGUAGCUACCGCUCCAUACGAUCCCCUCGUCCCCUUACAUAAUAAUAGUGAGGAGGAUGUAGAGGCGGAGGGAGAGGAUAAUCUACUAAUUGAUCCAUCUCUAACUGAAGGACAUCAUGUUGUAUAUGAUAGGGAGAUACCAUUAGAAAUAAGGAUAUUACAACAACAACCAUCAUCAAGUAACAAGAUAGAUGUGGGUACCUUAGAAGCUAUACGAUGCAAGAUUAUGAUAUUAGGAGAACAUGAAGGAUCAUUUAAACAUUGUAGAGUAGAGCUUACUUCAGAGAAGGAUAUAUUCUUCCAUUAUACACAUUCAUUAGAUGAGAUGCAAUUCAGGGAUAUACAAGAGGAACAGAAGCUUAUGAUAGAAUUCAAUGAAUACGUUAAUGUAUUUAUAAAGAUGUGUAACUCUACCAUUGCCGAACCUCAUGCCUUCCUAGGAGUAUUAGUAAUGUCUAAGGAUGCUACUACUGCUAGGCUAGACUUUGUACAGAAUAUGGAGUAUAAGUUUAUAGAGCUACUCAGUGCUGAGUUCAUAGCAUCACCAGAUGCUAUUAUAAGGCAACAUAUUGUAUAUAGGUAUAAUGCUAUGAAGGCUAAAUUAGCAGCAUCUCAGGCUAGGUUACAGGAUUUCCAUGCUAUUGUUAAGCUAAAGAAUCCUAGUUUAUUAUUACAGAUACAACAGAAAGGUGGUAUAUGGAUGGAUACUCUAGGCAUAACUGGUGAGGUUACUACUCAUGUAACCAAGGGUACUGGUGAUCAUGCUAUACUAAAGGAUAGUGCUAUUGUGGUGUAUACAGUACAUAAACAUGAUUAUGUUAUUAUAGUAGAGGAUGAUCUUAUAUUCUCUAAGAACUUCCUAACAUUAUUUAUUAAUAAUGCUUGGUUAUUAGAAGUAGAUGAUACACUGUAUUGUAUAAGUGCAUGGAAUGAUAAUGGUUUUAUGGAAUAUGCUACUAAUGAGAGUAUACUAUAUCGUACUGACUUCUUCCCUGGUCUAGGAUGGAUGUCAAAUAGAUCAUUAUGGGAUAGGAUAAGGAGUAGAUGGCCACAUGCACCUACUACUGGUUGGGAUCAUUGGAUGAGGCUUAGUACUACACAUGAUGGUAGAGAAUGUAUAUAUCCUGAAGUACCUAGAACACGUCAUAUAGCACAAGAGGGUUCUAAUGUUCAUGCUGCUGAUCAAGCAGGGAUAUAUGCAAGGAUGGCAUUAAGUACAGGGCAGCAAGGGGAAAUACCCUAUAUACGUGAGGACUAUCCUCUAAUACAAGAACACUUUCAUCUAUUUCCUAACUAUUUUAGAGGGCAACAUAGAGGGGUAGUUAUUAUUAGUCUACAUACAAGAGGAGUACUAGAUAAUGAUAACAACAUGAUGAUGGGAAGCAGGAGUAGGAGGCAGAGGAAAGGGAUUACGAAGUUAGUAUUCAUCGAUCGUCGUAGAGGGCAUGAAUGGUUACCUAGUAAUACAUCCCUUACCCCACCACCAAAUAUGAUGUAUAUACCAUCUGCAUCUAGAGGUGUAUCAUGUACUCAUACAUGUAUACAUAAUAAUGCACGAUGCUAUGAUCAUCUAUUGGAGUUUGCUAAUGAUUGCCAUAUUAUGUUAUCCCAUUUCCCAUGUGAAGAGGGAUGUGGUCAUCAAUUAGGAUUAGAGUUACCUGCUUAUGUUAUGGACAGUACUCUACAUACAGUAGGGCAAUGUUUAGUCACUGAUCAUGGCUCUCCUAGUUGUGCUACAUACCAUAUCUCUACUGCUAGAAUGUGUACAUGUAUACCUAACAUCAACAUCAACAACAAUAACAAGACAAAUUCUGAUCAUGCCUUGAUGAUACCAUUACAAGAGGCUCUAUUAGAGCGUAUGAAUAAGAAACUAGACAAGCUUAGUAUUAUAUUAAGGGAUAAGGAGGAGGAAGGGAGGAGACUAGCAAGGCAUAGGGAGGAUAUAGGAACACAAUUAUAUGCAUAUCAACAACAAUUAGGAUCAUUACAGAACAAUAUAGAAUUAGCCAAUGAAGAUAGGCAAUGGAUUGAUGAUAAAGUGAGAGAGGUGAAGGAACGGGUAGAGGGUUUGACUAAAGAGCAUGAUAUAUGUAAUAAGGAGGUUAGAGAUCAGAUGGAUAUGUUAGAGAGAGUAAGGGAGGAGAGGAAUGAGGUAUCACAUAGUGUGGAACAAUUAAAGCGGUAUAAAGAGGGAUUAGAAGGGAAUAUAUUACUAAAGAAAAGGGAAGCAUAUAAGGGGGAGGCUAAUAUCCAAGCAGUAGAGAAAGAUAAGGCCAAACAAGAUAUACUAAUAGACGAGCUGGGUAGAGUAUUGAGGAAUAAGGCUGAGCAUAUAGCAUUAUUAGAGGCACAGAUGGAGGUACAAUCUAAAGAGGGGGAUAAUGCUAAUAUGAUGAUAAGGGAGGCUACUCAAGCAUUGGAGGAGAUUAAUGAUGAGAGGAAGAUUAUUAGACAGGAGAUAUUAGAGGAGAAGAUGAGGAGAUUAGAGCUAGUGAUGAAGGAGAAGGUGAAUGAUAAGGUGGUGUGUGAUAGAGAGAUAAGGCGGCUUAGGGAGGAUCUAAAGAGGAUUAAUAAGAGAAUAGGGGAGUAUAGGGAUAAGGUUGAUAGUGUAAAUAGAGAUAUGAAGGAUGUUCAAGGGAGAGUACUUGAUAGCUUGUCUAAGAAGGAGGAGGAUAUAGGUGUAGUAUAUAAGGCGGUAGAUGGUAGUAAGGAUACUGGACUGAAGUUGGAGGAGGAUUUAAUAGAGUGUGAGAGGCAGAUGACACAAUGGGAGAAGAAGCUUACUUUAGAAGAGGAACUACAACAGGGUCUAGACCCAAGUGUUGGACAGUCUACUAUUGGUAUAAUGAAGAAGGAGAUGCAUAGGAUGGAGUUACGAUACAACCAGUUAUUGAGGAAACAGGAGGAGUUAGUGAGGGAGAUGACACGGGCUGUGGAGAAGAGGGAUAUUAUUGAGUUCAAGUUUAAGGGGGAUGAUGGAGAUCAAAGAGCUAAUAGGAUUAAAAAGGAUAUGAAUAUUAAUAGGAACUUAACUGGGCUACAAAGGAAGUUAGCGGCUAUUACUGAGGCCACUAGUCUUGCUGAUGUCGAUAUUAAGGAAAAGGAGGGGAGAAUAAUGAAUACUGGAGAGGAUAUUAGAGAUCUAGCCACAGUCCUUGAUAAUAAUGAUGGGGAGAUUGAGCAAGUAUUGGCUAAGGUAUGCGGGAAUGUUGUGAGGAAAGGGAGGCAGUUUGCAGAAGUUGUUGGGAUACAACAUGAGACAAGACGACUCGAGAAAAGGGCCAAUAAUGGUAGGAUAAGCCAACACUCAAGCGGUAGAGAGGAAGAAGAUGGUGUAGAAAGAAGAUUCUCCACUCAAGGGCGGGGGCAACAACAACAACAGCUCGAGUCGUUGAAUGAUAGCGUACACAGUAUAUUGUUGGAGGCUGCUGAUAAUUACUUGAACUUUGCGCAAAGUGCUUGCCGAAAGGAGCAAAUUCGCUACGAAGAGUAA